AUAUGAUCACUCCUUGUAAUCGCGAGAAAUUGUUUCGCCAACUUCCGGUUGGCUGUCUGGAACGCGUCCUGUUGUUCUUUCAGCUGUCCCUUUGGCAAAUCGUCGAUUUAAGAUUUGAAUGCUUGCAGUAUUUAUCGGCGAAAAGCAUUUAUACUGAGAUGUCGGACGACUUGAUGAAACAGUUGAGCAGCUACAAAGCCCAGCUUCAGCAAGUAGAAGUUGCCUUAUCAACCGACCCAGACAAUGAAGACCUCCUUAAACUACAGAAAGACUUACAGGAAGUCAUCGAUUUAACAAAAGACCUCUUGACAUCGCAGCCUGCUGAGAGUCCUUCCACCACCAAUGGCACAGACACAGUGCCCCCGAAGCAUAACUGGAAAGUUGGGGAAAGAUGUCUGGCUGUGUGGAAUCAGGAUGGACAGGUGUAUGAGGCUGAGAUUGAGGAGAUAGACCGGGAGAACAGCACUGCAGCUGUUACCUUCGCUGGGUACGGGAAUGCUGAAGUGAUUUCUCUGCAGAACCUCAAAGUAGCAGAGGAGGGGAAACGGUCUGACGACGAAGGUCUAAAGCCAAAAUCCAGGAAAGAGCAGAUAGCAGAGCAGAGAGAAUAUAAGAAGAAGAAAGCUCAGAAGAAGGUACAGAGGAUGAAGGAAUUGGAGCAAGAAAGGGAGGAACAAAAGUCAAAAUGGCAACAGUUCAACAACAAAGCCUACUCAAAGAACAAGAAAGGACAGGUAAAGAGGAGCAUAUUUGCAUCUCCAGAAAGCGUCAAUGGAAAGGUGGGAGUGGGAACAUGUGGUAUUGCAGACAAACCAAUGACCCAGUACCAUGACACAUCAAAAUACAAUGUCAGACAUUUAAUGCCACAAUAACCUGAUAUAUUCUGUAUAUAAUAAUCCACUGUAUACAAUCUGUAUCAGUGCUUUCCAUUGUGUUUAUACAUAAUUUACAUUUCCCAAGUAAAGAAAGCUUUGAAAGGAAUUGCUUGUGCACCACUGUUUGAAAUAUUGAUGUAGUUUUCUUAUAUAUUAUCUAGGUACAGUAACAAAAAAAAUCCAAAUAGAGGGGCUUUUCCCUUCACCUGAACAAGGGUCACCUGUUAUGUAAAAGCAGGAAUUGGUGUUGUAGAAAAGCUGUAGAAUUUGCUGUUUGUGUCCAGGUUCCACUGAGGCCAAAUAUCUUCAUGAUGAGUAUAAAUAUACAACUACAGAUUUGGUUUGUAAAUGUAAAGCAGGAUUUUAAACACUGGCCUGGUGGGGGAGACUAUCGUCAAAAAUUGUGUUGAUUUGACAUGGCUGAAUUUACAUUUUAAUUUCUGUGUAUAUAACAGUGAAAUAAACAUUUGUUUUGUU